CACGUGGUUGAUUCGGAGUGGGCGUUGCCCUAAUCCCAAAUCUGCUGGCUGUACAAGAUGGAGUUUGGCAUCUCUCUGGAUCCUUUCUCCGUCCCUCAAAGACACGCUCUCUAUGACUCUGAUGAAGAAGAUGAACAAGCAGACACACAACAAGCUGACUUCGUGUUUCAACCAUCUACAUUGGACAGUACACACAAGAACAAUACUUUAGUAGUUGCCAUUGGACAAACAGCAUGUAUAUUUGCCAAGAGCCUCUUUACUUUGUCUCCUUUGUCAACUCUUGAGGCUAGCACUCGGGGAAUAUUUCAAGGAACAUAUUUUCCCAAGACAGGGGAAGGGUCUUGUUUGGUGAGUGAGCUCAUGUGUGCUGAUGGAGGAGACGUUGUGUUCUGUCUACACGAAAAAAACUUGAAGCCUGAGCAUGUCAUGGCUUGGUUUAAAAAGGUGUUUGGGGUGGUCAGUCCUACCCGUGUCCUGAUUCUCACCUGCCUCUGUGCCUACAUGCACUUCUCCCCACACUCAGAUGAACUCUCACCCCAGACAUGUUUCCUGCGCACAAUGUCCACCUCCUCCUGGUCUCAGCCACUUUUUGAUGGAGCCAUCACCCUUGAGCCUCCCAAUACACUGUCUGGAGAAACAGCAGCAGUGCUUACGGUAUGUCAACUGGCAGCCAUUUCAGGAGCUGUAGCCGUCCUCUACACCAAAUCCUCUGAAAGCACCUCUGAACAAGUGGCUGGAUUCACACCGUUACUAGACAUCCCCAUAAUAUCCCCUCUCGCUAAGCGGUCACCAAGUGAGGCAGCAAAGAUUGUGAAAGUGAUGGAGCCAAAGCCUAGAGAGGACCUGAGCUCAUUGUACACUUAGAAUUUUUCUUAGAAAUAAUUAUUUCAAACUCAGCUACAAAAAAAAUGUUGGUAAAA